ACAUGAAUUGAUUUUGUGUGUAAAAUAGUGCACACAUAGAAUAACAGGAAGACUCACAAUGUCUUGACAUAUGAACAGUUGAGUUUCUCAAGAGAACAUAAUGCAAUGAGAAUCUGCCAUCACAACGUGCUUGUUGUUACUUGUAGUCAAAGCUCAGCUGAUCUCUUGUGCCAACAAGAGGGAAACUACCGAACCUGAUCUGUAAGUUUAGGAAGAUACAGCAGUGCAAUUUACUGCAGUCUUCAUGAGAACACAUUUUUAUUCUAUGUCUUGUAAGAACUCCAUUUUUCAUUCAUUCAGUUGAGAAUACUGAUGUUCAAGCAUCUGUACUGUAAUCGCUCCAUGAUGAACUCUGACAAAGCUGCUCCUUUACGCUUUGAACUGUGUCUGCGGUGACCGAUAUGAACAGGAGACGCUGGCAGGUUUUACUGCUCUACUGAAUCACCUCACCUUCACUAGUGACAUGUCUGCUCCUAUGACGCCACCUACUGACUGUUGAAUGUUCAAACAUGCAGGUAGAGUAAAGUCAAUUCCCAUAAAUAUUUGUAGCUCCGCUGUAAAACUUCUCGUCAUUUAAAAGAGCAGAUACAAAAUUUCCUGCACCAGAUUUACUUGUGAUCCCAUCACAGUUUCAACAUUUAAACUAAAGCGCAGAUCAACUGUAACUUUAUAGGUUAAAGACAUGAGCUGUUCAUUCUGCAGAAGCACAGAAACUGUAAAAACAAGCACAGCGUGUAAUAGAUGAAGCAAAAUCUGAGACUGAGUGACGAAGGAGACGCGGUGGGUUUCUCGUCUUUGAGAUCAGUUGCUAAGUUCACCUCCACGAUCAGUGGCUGCUGCUAAAGCUUCAGCUUCAGUGUCAUUGACCUGUCCGAUGUUUGACCCUUGGGACCAGCGUAUUAAACCUGAUGAAACAAAGCUACACCCUAAAGCUGAGCUUAUCCAUACCCCAAUGCCUUCCCUGGAGGAGAGGGUGAGUGAUUCAACAUAAUCUCAUAUUAUGUUCUAUGCAUCUGACAUACUGUAUAAUGAAAUACUUUAAAUAUCAGAAAGCUGCUGAAUGAGCACAUCUCAACUUGUCUUCCUUAUGUGUUACUUGAUUAUGUCUUCUAAGGAGCAGGUUGGGACGAACACCCACAUUUUACGACUGUCUAUUCUUUCAAAUUCAAUACUAGAAUGUUUUAAUGCUGAAUUCACAUAAGCCACAGCUUCCUGAAAACCAGUGCAUCGGCUGCGGUGUGAGCUAAGAUAAUCGUUGAGGAACAGGAAGACAAGUUCCGGAUUCAGCAGCUCGACCUCCAGCUGAGAUCUCAUGGCUCCGAUAACGUCCAGGGCCUUUGUGCUUUUGUUCCCGUGUUUGUGGGACUUUGUUCUAGCAGUAGGAAUGAUUAAAAUCACAUCUGAACCUGGACAGACGGUCAUGCUGCCGUGUCAGGACCACAGCUACGCCCACGUCUCAGCAGUGGAGUGGAGCAAAACAGACCUGUGGCCAAAAUGGGUGGUUUUCUAUAUGGACCAACACCCUGGCGCAGAAAACCAACACCCGCUGCUGAAAGAUCGGGUGGAGCUGAAGGACAAAAAGAUGAAUGAUGGAGACGCGUCUUUGAUUCUGAAGAACGUGGUCGUUAAUGACACUGGAACCUACGAGUGUCGUGUCAUUCAGGAAGGAAUAGUGUCAUUGAAAAGAGUUUCUCUGGACACAGAGCCCAUUAGCAUCGUGACUCUGAACGUUCAACCAGAUCCAGACUCUGAUCGAGAACGGCUCUUGUUGAGGAUCAUGCUCUUCAUUGUGGUGUGCUGUCCAUACUUCAUCUCCACUCUACAGCUGGUGUCUCUGUGCCGGAAAAGAAAUGCAGGAAACUCAUCUGUUUCGGUGAUGACGUCUUCUCUCGAUCAGCAUCCGGAGAGUCUGAAUGAACAGGGUGAUGUCAUCACUGACUCCCCCACUGAACAUCAUCCACAUGAUGGGGUGUAAGUAGCUGGGCAUUUGUGUUGGGUCUUUAAACAUGUGAAAUCUUGUGGGACUCGUUUUCUAAGGUGAACAGUUAAUCUGAUUUGGGUUGUGGCAGUCAUCAGCGUAAUACACGCUGUUCUUAGAAUAGAAAUAUAAAGUACUGCUACUAAAAGUAUGUUGAACUCUGUCUGUACUCUAUAUAUUAACUACUAUCUAUUUGUUCAUGUCUUUCUCAUACUGACUAAUAAUUUUGACUUUAUUUGCGAGUGCGCCCACUACGGCUUCACUUCUGGUCGAAGGCUGCCAUCUGCUGCCGAUACAGUCUUCAAGUAACUCAGCAGGUUUCUGUUGGUUUUCAGCUCCAUGUCACAAUAAAAGUAUUAAAUAUGAACAGAUGGUGACUCCAGUUAAACCGUGCUACAACACAAAAAA